AUGCUGAUGGAGAUCGAUAAGGGCGAGCCAUCCAGCCGAGAUCCGCGAGUGGUGUCUAACGGAUCCCGCCCUACCGGGGAGCACCCGCUGCCAGGCUCGAGCAAAACACAAAAGGCGCCGUCCGAGACCAUGCGUGGCGCUCGACCUAAUGGGGCAGCUGUGGGUGUGCAGCAAGAGACCUACUUUGGCCAUGACCGGGAGGAGAUCACACGCAUUCUGAUACAGGCGUUGGGUGACUUGGGCUACCAUGCCGCGGCAGAAAACGUUGCGGAGGAGAGCGGCUUCCAGGUCGAGAGCCCAGACGUGGUGGCCUUUCGGCAGGCUGUGCUGAGCGGCGCUUGGAGCAGGGCGGAGGAGUUGCUCUGCGGUAAGGGUGCUAGGGCCUCCGGCCAGGGGUCAGAUAACGGCGGGCUUGUGCUUGCUCCGGGAGCGGAUCGCAACAUCAUGAGGUUUCGGCUUAGGCAGCAGAAGUUCCUCGAGCUCCUGGAGCAGCGAGAAACUGGCCGGGCAUUAGCUGUCCUGCGGAACGAGCUCACGCCGUUGUGCCAGGAGCAGCACCAAACGCUCCAUUUCCUUUCGAGACUACUUAUGUGUCAAGAUACCGAGGAUCUCAGGAGUAAGGCUAGCUGGGAUGGCGCAAGUGGCCGGUCCAGGCAGGUAUUGUUGGCGCAGCUUUCAGGGUCCAUUUCCCCCUCGGUCAUGCUCCCAGAGCGGCGCUUGGCUGUUCUCCUGGAGGACCUGAAACGCAGUCAGGUGGACAGGUGUCUUUACCACACAUCCACCGAGUCCCCUUCGCUCUGCGUGGACCAUCUUUGCGAUAGAAGCCGUUUCCCCUCAGAAAUGCUGGACGAGUUAUCCAAUCCGGCGCUGGAGUCGUCCAAGAAACCUGACGAGGUCUGGCAGGUCCGCUUCUCGCCCGAUGGCAGGCGCUUGGCCACUUGUGGGACGGAUGAGACGGUCAGCAUUUGGGACGCUGAGCACUUGGCCCUGAUGCAUCGGUUGCAUGGGCAUCUCAAGGGCGAGAUUGGCAAUCUCGCGUGGGGCCCGGACAGCAGGUUACUGGUCACUUGCGGCUUUGACCGCAGCGCAAGGCUCUGGAACACCGAUACUGGAGAGUGUUUGAGGACCAUCGGCGGUUUUGAGGAGCCCGUGAGCAGCUGCGUAUGGGCAGCCGACGGCCAAACGUUCAUCACCGGGUCUUUCGACAAGAAGAAGUCCAUCUGCCAGUGGAACAUGCACGGGGAGUGCGUCCAUUCGUGGACCAGAGCGCACAGGACGGAGGAUCUUGUGCUUUCUCGCGACCAGCGCUGGCUGGUAGCCAUGGACGAGCAAUGCAAUCUGCACGUCUACGAUUUCGUCGCCAGGAAGCACGUCUACGACUGGGCGCUUAAUGCGCGGCCUACUUCGCUCAGCAUCAGCCGCGACUCGAGGUGUCUCCUCAUAAAUAAAGCAGACAAUGAGGCCGUCCUGCUGGAUAUUGAGACGCAUGAGACUGUGCAGAAGUACACGGGGCAGACGGGCGGUAACUACACCAUCAGGAGCGAUUUUGGUGGCGCGAAUGAAAAUUUUGUCAUUUGUGGCAGCGAAGAUGGCCACGUCUACAUCUGGCACAAGCUGACGGGAUUACUCGUUCAGAGGCUUGAGGCUCACCACGCGAGCUGCAACGCAGUCGCCUGGAACCCAACGGACCCGUGUAUGUUCGCCACUGCUGGCGACGACGGGAGGGUCAGAAUUUGGUCAAACAGGGAGCGAGCCAAGGCUCUGGCGGCGACGGGGCGGCACCCUAACGGCACGUCGCGCACAUCGAGUAACGGCAGCCUGCGCUCGGAUCCGAUGCGGGCUUGA